AUGGCGCGCAGAGCUAUGCCCGACAGCGACAGCAACAAGGGGGAGAAGGCUACGGCCCGGACAGGUCCAAAGCUGGCUUUCCGCUUGGUCGAGCGCGGCAAGGCUGGAGACGGCUCUGGCGCGGCAGGCGAUGACGCACUCGUGCCGGGUGGCCCGGCGCGGAAGCGGCGCAGCCUGAAGGACGACGAGCAGCUGCGAAACCGUCGCAGCUUCACCGUCGAGGAGCUGGCCGCUUUGGCCGCGCUGGCGGGCACGGGCCUGCAGGCAACGAAAGCCGCUGCGGCAGAUGGCCUUGGAGUAGCAGCAGCGUUGGCCUCAGCCCUGGGCCCUUCCCGAAAGCUUGGCUUGGCGGAGAAGGUCUUGUUGAAGGCGCUCUUGGAGCCCGCGGAGGCGGAGGAGUCCUUCGGUCCAGGGCCGGAGCUCCAAAAGGCGCUGGGUUUGGUGGUGACCACGAGGACGCCACCGCCCCCGGCGCAGGCAGGGGGAGUCGCAUCGGCAGCGCCCCAACCUCAGCUUUCGAGGACGGAGCCACCACCGCCUCCUGGUGCCCCACCGUCUAACCUUCAGCCGCCGCCGCCUCCGCCCGGCGCGCCAGCGUCCCGGGAGCUGGCAGGUGCGACUGCGAAUGCUGACGUCCCGAUCUCGGCGGCGAAGCGCACGGUGGACCCAUCAGAGUGGCCGCCUCCUUCAGCCCAGGCAGUGCAGCAGAUGCUGGCGCGCUUCCCACAGCUGGAUGGCCAUUGCCGUGGCUCUCUCAUGAACCUCCCUCCGCAGUUUGCGCUCGCCAUCCUGUGGGACAUGGACGCCAAGGGAGGGCCGGAGGAGAUACGGGAUCCACAAGCCUUCGUGUUCAGCGCGGCUCAAACCUUGCUGCGGCUGCCGCCAGGUGCGGUGACUGGCCUGCCAGUGCCCGCCGCUCCGCUGCUUGCGCCAGCGACGGGCUUCGCGGCACCACCGCCACCGGUUUUCGCCGUCCAGUGA